AUGUCACCGACGGGCGUCUCCGAAUGCAGUAAUAACCGUGUACAUAUCAACAGCUUCCCACUUCAAAGUACUUCAUACUUGCAACACCUAUUCACUUUCUACUUCUGCGGUCAGCACGAACGCAUGGCAACCAACGAUUUGAUCGAGAACAAUAUGCUCCGCACUUACGAUCCCCCCGAUUACUUGUGGACUGGUAAUGUUCUUGUCGUGAAGCACGCUGCGCCCUGCACCACCACAAUUGCAGAUGUCUUGGUUAAUGUCGAAAGAGAAGAUUUCGGUCUCAUCAAGGUAAUCUUGGAAUGGCUCAUCGCGCGUAACGUUGACACUCGGUUGACGUAUCCAAAUCCUCAUCGGCAACUGCUCACUUUUCCUCCUGUGUUUAGUGCGGACCCGUUGAAGCCUCCACACAGGUUGUUCAGCGUUCGCGAUCUAAGGGAAAUCGUGUUCGGAUACUGUGGUAUAAAGUCGCUGUUCAACCUUGCUUUGGGCAACUUCGACUUCUAUGCACAUGUUAGGCAAUUUUUCACUUCUCAUUUCCUUACUCCGAAAGGUUUACUGUUGACGUUAACUAUCACCAAAGCCGGUGAUUCUAUCGCAGAGUCUGUAGCGGUGGGGAGUCAUUAUGCUUACUGCUUAUAUCCGGAUUUACUUGAAGAAGGCAUCAUUAUGCCGCUUGAUGAAGAUCUGCCUUUGAGCACCCAACGGAGAGAUACCCUCAACAACAGGGGUAAUUUCAUGGAGGACAACCGCGAUUGGCAUUUUGCUUGUGGAAUAUUGGUGCAUUCUGCUGGGGGGGGUUUAGUAGUCCUUAUAGAGAUAGCUAUGAACCGAACUGGGGUUUGUUUCAGUGGAGAUGUGCUCGAGAAUGCUCUAAUAAUCUAUCACCAGAGUUGUCGAUCGGUGGUCGUAGUGUUUGCACUAGAUUAG